AAUCAGGGAAAUCCCUUCCGUUUCUUAUCACCGCGUCCUUGGAGGUUACACAUUCAAUCACUGUUACAACUUUUAUUUUCAAAUGGGGCAAAAUGAACUGCACGAAAUCCAUGAUUUAAUCGUCCUUUAUAUUAUUUCACGGCUGUUUUUCUCUCUUCGAAGUCUUCGGCAUUCUUCACAGACCAGAUAUGAAAUUUACAGAACAUUUGAUUGCCCACAUCACGCCGGAAUGGAGAAAACAGUACGUCAAUUACGAGGAAAUGAAGCAAAUGCUGUAUGCAGCUGUAGAGACAGCCCCUUCAGCAGAACUUGUGGAACCUGAAGUUUUGACACGAUACUUUGCUAAAUUCGAUGAACGUUUUUUCCAUUAUUGUGAUAAGGAAUUAGCAAAGAUAAACACAUUUUUUUCUGAAAAAUUAGCCGAGGCGACUAGAAGAUAUGCAAGCUUAAAGAGCGAACUGAGUGAAGCCAUUGAAUCUGAAUACCAAGGAAAGAAGAAAGAAGGACAGAGGAAAAUGAUGUUAGGCAGGGUCGAUUUACCCGUGCGGAAGCAGCAAGAUUUGAAAUUGGCAUUUAGCGAGUUUUACCUUAGUCUGAUCCUAUUGCAGAAUUACCAAAAUCUCAAUUUUACAGGGUUUAGAAAAAUAUUGAAGAAACACGAUAAGUUAUUAAAUGUAGAUUACGGGGCUCGUUGGCACAACGAGCAUGUGGUAACUUCUCAUUUCCACACCAACAAAGAUAUUUCACGACUGAUAGCAGAAACCGAGUCAACAGUGACAAAUGAUCUGGAAGGUGGAGAUCGUCAGAGGGCGAUGAAACGUCUUCGAGUCCCUCCUCUCGGUGAAAAACAAAGCCCAUGGACGACUUUCAAAGUUGGCUUAUUUUCUGGAUCGUUUAUUGUUUUAAUAUGUGUUGUAAUUUUAUCUGGUUUAUUUCAUCCAGACACAAAAGGCGACUGGAGAGUAUCAAUUAGACUUUUUAGAUGUCCUUUACUUUUAGUGGAAUUUAUAUUUUUAAUGGGAGUCAACGUUUACGGUUGGAGGUCGUCGGGUGUAAACCAUGUCCUUAUAUUUGAAUUAGACCCGAGAAAUCAUCUGUCAGAGCAACAUAUCAUGGAAGUGGCGGCAAUUUUCGGAGUAAUCUGGACUUUAAGCGUAUUGAGUUUUAUUUAUGCAGAAGCGUUGGGCAUUCCGGCUUUUGUAAAUCCUUUAGUCUUGAUGGGCAUCAUGGUCGCCUUUCUGCUUAAUCCGACUAAGACUUUUAGGCACGAAGCUAGAUUUUGGGUUCUGAGGGUUUUGGGAAGGAUUUUUGCAUCGCCAUUUUUCUACGUCGGCUUUGCUGACUUUUGGUUGGCUGAUCAGCUUACAAGCCUUGUUCCUGCAUUGGUCGAUCUAGGAUUUUUCGCUUGUUUUUAUAUAAAACUAGAUGAUUGGUAUAGAGUCGGAGAAACGUCAGGCUCAGUUUGUAUAUCUAAGUACCACCACAUUCGCCUUGUGAUAGCUUGUCUUCCAUCAUGGUUCCGCUUUGCUCAAUGCCUGAGACGUUACAGAGAUACUAAGGAAAAAUUUCCCCAUUUGGCAAAUGCCGUAAAAUACGCUACGUCUUUUUUCGUUAUUAUAUUUUCCCACUUGUACCUACUGACAAGCCAUCAAACAGAGUCUAUUGGUAUUGCGGCAAACCCUUAUUUUUAUUUGUGGAUAUUCGCCUCAAUGGUCAGCACAAGUUACUCCUAUACUUGGGACAUUAAAAUGGAUUGGGGUCUUUUCGACAAGAAAUGCGGCGAUAAUAAGUUUCUUAGGGAAGAAGUUGUUUAUUCAUCAAAUUGGUAUUAUUAUUUUGCAAUUAUUGAAGAUCUCAUUUUAAGAUUCGGCUGGGUCCUUUCUAUGUCACUUACAGAAAUGGGCUACAUCCAUUCUGAACUUAUGGUAGCAAUAUUAGCGCCGCUUGAAGUUUUCAGAAGAUUUGUCUGGAACUUCUUCCGACUUGAAAAUGAACAUUUGAACAAUUGCGGUAAAUUUAGAGCAGUGCGCGACAUUUCGGUCGCGCCUAUGGACACAUCGGAUCAAGCUGUCAUACUGCGUAUGAUGGACAGCGCAGAAGGAGUAUUUAAUAGGCAUAAAAAGAAAGGGAAAAAUAAAGAUACCAAACUACUUUUAGAAGCGGACGAAUCAAAUGAUGAGAAAAGAAAUUCUAAAAGGGGAAUCUUCCGGAAGAAUUUGUAUUGCUCUAAUCAGCAAAUAAUAAUCGGUCUACGAACAUUUACCACACUGGUUUUUGCACCGAGACCAUUUUGAAGAACGCCUUACAGCAAGAAAUAAACUUUUAAACAUCCGACGGAGAAAUAUCUAUUCGUGAUGUAUCGAAUCUCAGGUUUAUUUUUGUUUUGUUUUUCACUUUGGACCCAGGUUUUGUGCGUCCAAAGCCAGGCAAAAGAAAGACAAGACUCAAAGUCAUGAAAUUUCUACCAGAUGAUUAUGAACAUUCAGAAGUAACAAAUCAUCAAUUUUAUUAUUUCUUAAAUGCAAAAAUAAGGAAUAUCAGGAAAUUAAGAGAGAAAAAAAAUAGAGGCAAAUAGUUUGUAAUUUUUAGAUGGCAAAGUUCAUAUCUGCUUUAAUUUUUUUCUUUUUGUAAUUUAUGUAUAACAUUAAUAUAACCAAGAUGUUUAAUAAUAUUUAGAAGUGUGAAAGUUCAAAGUGUGGAGACUUAACCAUAUAAUUUUUUUUUAAUCAGCAAUAAAUACGAGAUGUUUAAUAUAAACGAUUAACAUGUGCUGAAGUACUAGUCCUUAACACAGCAUUAACAAAAAUACGAACAAAUGUAUCGAAU